GUAAUGUUUUUAAAUUCGUAUUGGAUAUAUUUUCAUAUUCUUUAUGAACUAUAUUCUGCAUAAAAAUUGAACUUAUAUUUUAUUACUAUGAAGUGUGUUAUUAUUUCAUUAUAAUUUACUAUUUCAUUUAUAUAUUGGAUUUAUGCAGAAAAUGCAUUGUGCCUUCUGAAUGUAUCAACAUUUGGCGGGUAAUCGUGUUGCGUCUAUAGACUAGUGAGUGCACCGGUUUCGACCGAGUAUUUUGCUUAGAAGCUAACGUCAACGAUAAAGCAAUAACAAAACGAUGGAUGCUGAACUGCCCUACGCGGUUGAAUAUGCAAAGAGUGCACGUGCUUCAUGUCAAACUUGUAAGAAAUCUAUUGCAAAGGAUGCGUUGAGGCUUGCUGCUAUUGUACAGAGCCCUGUUCAUGAUGGAGUGAUACCAAAAUGGUAUCACCCUACCUGUUUCUUUACGAAACAAAGACCUAAAUCUGCUGCAGAUAUUGCUAAUUUUGAUAAUAUUCGUUGGGAAGACCAAAAGGACAUUAAAGAGAAAAUUGAGGAAGCAAGUAAGCUUGCACCACUGCCUACUGGUAAAGGAAGAAAACGUGGUAGUACUGCAAAAAGUACAGGUGUUGCAAAGGACUUUCUGAUUCAGUCUGCCAAAUCUAAUAGGUCGACUUGCAAAGCAUGUGAAGAAAAAAUAGUACAAGGUGAAGUGAGGGUAUCGAAAAAAGAUUUUGAAAGUGAACAGGGUAGAAGAUAUGGUGGAAUAGAUAGAUGGCACCAUCUUGAUUGUUUUGUGAAAAUAAGAGAAGAGUUAGAAUUUUAUGAAAGCGGUGAUGCAUUGCCCGGUUUUGGAGACCUCCCCAAGGAUGAUCAGAAAAAAGUUAAAGCAGCUUUACCCAAAAUUAAGUCCGAUGAUGUUCCAGCAAUAAAAAAGUUGAAGAAUGAACCAGAGGACGUGGAAGAAGAGAAUGAAAUGAAACAGCAGAAUGAGGAACUGUUCAAAGUUAGAGACAUGCUAUCUUCAAUGAAAAAGAAUGAGCUCAUAGCCAUCUUAGAGAAAAAUGAGCAACAAAUUCCAGAAGGAGUACCAGCUAUAAUAGAUCGAUUGAGUGAUGCAAUCUGCUUUGGAGCUUUAAAGCCAUGCACAAAAUGCAAUGGUCAACUUGUAUACACUUCAGGACUUGGGUAUAAAUGUACUGGAGAUAUAACUGAAUGGACUAAAUGCGAAAAUGUAACUCAGGAUCCCAAAAGGAAAAAAAUUUCAAUACCAUCAGAAUUAAAAGAAGAAUAUCCUCAACUUGCAUCGUUGAAAGCCAAGGUCAAGAGGAGACUGAUAAAAGUGACUGCACCAUCAACCUCUAGCUUAGUAAAGAAAGAAGAUGUAGUUGAUUCAGGACCCAAAGUUAAAUCAAAACCGAAACCAUUAAAACACAUGCAAUUCUUUAUCAUAGGACGUACAAAGAAAGAUAAAAAUGAAUUGAAGAAAGAUAUCAUCCAUUUAGGGGGAGAUGUAGCAUCAAAGCUUCAUGAGAAUGUAGCUGCUGUAAUAUCGACUCAAAAGGACAUAGACAAAAUGAGUGCGAAAAUGGAAGAAGCUCAGUCUCUUAAUAUUCAAGUUAUCACGGAAGAUUUCGUUGAAGAAGCUAAAGAAUACACAAAACCUGCUAUCUCCCUUAUUAAAAAGAAAACUAUUUCAAGCUGGGGUGGUAAUUUGUCUGAUAGAAUUAACGUUGUAGCAGAAAAAUCUGCCGCGAAAAGCAAGGGUAAAAGUACUUUUGAAAAAUCAGGAUCUGGAAAAGUGAAACUACAAUUAAAACAAGGUGGAACUGUGGAUCCAGACAGUGAAUUGCAGGAUGUUGCUCACGUGUAUCAAAGCGGUAAAAAUAAAUAUACUGUCACAUUAGUACUUACAGAUAUACAAACUAAGAAAAACAGUUAUUAUAAGUUACAAAUUUUGGAGCACGAUAAGCACAAAAAGUAUUGGUUGUUCAGAAGUUGGGGUAGGAUAGGAACAACGAUUGGUGGUACGAAACUGGAACAGUUGUCCCUGGAGGAAUGUAUAGAACAGUAUGAAAAUCUUUAUGAAGAAAGGACUGGAAAUGUUUGGAGUCAAAGGGAACACUUUGUUAAAGUGCCUCACAAGAUGUAUCCGGUUGAUAUUGAUCAUGGAGAAGAAGUUUCUACGCAGUUAUUAAAUAGUGAUAUUAAAAGCAAUUUGGAAAAACCAAUUCAAGAUUUAAUAAAACUGUUGUUCGAUGAGGCAAAUAUGAGGAAAGUAAUGGCAGAGUUUGAAAUUGACACAGAUAAGUUACCACUUGGAAAAAUAACUAAAAAGCAAAUACAAAAAGCAUACUCUGUAUUAACGGAUUUACAAGGAGUAUUGAAGAAUGAGAAUGCUGAUCGGAUUAUUUUAGUAGAUGCAUCUAAUAGAUUUUAUAAUCUAAUACCUCAUAAUUUUGGAGUAUCCGGGCCAAAGAUUUUAGAUACUAUUGAUGAGAUUCACGCGAAAUGUGAGAUGUUGGAUGCGUUGCUAGAGAUGGAGAUUGCCUAUUCUCUAUUACAUAGUAAGGUAGACUCAUCGGAGAAUCCACUUGAUGCUCAUUACAAACAAUUGAAUACAGAUAUAAAAGUUCUGGAUAAAGAGAGUGAAGAAUACAAGGUCAUUGAACAGUAUGUUAAGAAUACUCACGCUGCAACUCAUAAGCAGUACGAGUUGGAGAUUGAGGAUGUAUUUGUUGUUAAGAGAAAGGGAGAGGACAAUAGAUAUAAGCCAUUUAAGAAACUGCCAAACAGGAAAUUGCUAUGGCACGGUUCCAGAACAACCAAUUUUGCUGGAAUACUUUCUCAGGGAUUAAGAAUUGCUCCUCCAGAAGCACCUGUUACAGGUUACAUGUUUGGUAAAGGUAUAUAUUUUGCAGACAUGGUUUCGAAGUCUGCUAACUACUGUUGCACGAACACUGAGAAUUCUACUGGAUUGUUAUUGCUUUGCGAAGUGGCAUUGGGUAAUAUGUAUGAAAGAUAUGCAGCAGAUUACAUUGAAAAAUUACCAAGUGGUAAACAUUCAACAUUUGGUCAUGGUCAAACACAACCUGAUCCUGAAAAUUCUUAUAAGACGAAGGAUGGCGUUGAAAUUCCAUACGGCCCUUCUACGCCUGCGAAACUUCCUAAGAAAUCAGCCUUGUUAUACAAUGAGUACAUUGUAUACGAUGUUGCUCAGGUAAAAGCGCAAUACUUGCUGAAGAUGAAAUUCAAGUAUAUAAUGUAAUAUUUUUUUACAUAAGCUCAUUAAGAUUACCAAAAUAGAAUUAAGUACAUUAUAUUUAAUAAACUUUGUCUUUAUUAAGAAUACUUAAAUAUGUUUUUGGUACUACCUCGUAUACAAUCAUGAUAAUGACAUUAAUUGUUUCUGUAACUAUACAUAUAAACAUUUUUUUUAAGUAAGUUGCUAAAAUAAAUUCGUAUA